CGGCAAGCAUGGCACACUGUUUUUUCUUUAAACAUUUCUGUAUUGAAAGGUGUUUAAGUUUUAUAAUAUAUUUUAUUGACCUGCUUGGAUUGUAUUUCAUAUUUUCUGAGGAUCAUAGUGGCUGCUGCUUCAACUCUGUUGGGAAGCCGCCAAGCCCGAGAAUCACUCAUCUGCAGGCUCUGGAUGACCAGCAGAGCCUCUUGGUGAACUGGAUGGUGAACAACAGCAGCUUAGUGGGAGAUAUUUAUGAGAUCCAGAUCGGCCGCACCGAGAACCACACUGUUAUUUAUAAUAAAAAUCUAAGUAUAUUUUCUGUGGAUCCAGUGGAAUAUGCAUGGACAUGGACCUCAGACGUGCCUCUGGGUUGUUUCGAUCACUCAGUCAGGAUACGACGAUUCUAUAAUCAGUCUGUCCCGAGUCCCUGGAGUAACUGGAAAACAAACAAUAGAACCCAGGUGAAGGAUAAGACAAGGAUCUUCCCCAACUAUCGGGUGCUGAGAGAGAACUCCAGCGCCAUGUUCUGCUGUGUUCCCCCUAGAGGAGUUCAUGUUACCAGCAUGUCCUUCAAACACAGCAAAUACCCUCUUAUCAGCAUUGGAGCGGGGGUCAAGGCAAUCACUGUACACAACCUGAAGAUCCCAACAGUCCGCUUCAAAUACCUUUUAAUCUCAUGCCAUGACACAACAGGCAGGCAGAGUGAUGUCUGGAACUUUAUCAGUUUUCCUCCCCAGAAGCCCAGUAACAUCAGCUGUGUGACCUCAGACAUGACAAGUGUCUCUUGCACCUGGGAUUCAGGCAGAAAACGAGACGAGAACGACCGCAACACGCAAACACGCACUCUUCACAUUGACAACUCAGACCAGCCUCCCUUCAACUGUGAACAGUCGUCUUGUACUUUCCCCGCCAUCCCUAACUUGAAGGAAUACAACAUCCGUGUGGUGGUGAAGGACCUGCUGGGAGAGGAGACGGAGAGCUACAGCUUCAACAUCUCUGACAGAGUGUCACCUGUGGUGGAGUUGGAGAGAGUGAGCCUCGGGGCGACACACACCACCGUGUCCUGGAUCGUACAUGGGAACUUGACCCGACUGAACCUCCUCUGUCAGGUCACUGCAGACCCAGGAAGUGCCACCAAACUGAGGUGCAAUAGUGUGAGUGGUCAAUGCAAAGUCACAUUGGAACAUCUGUUACCUAACACCCCCUACUCUACCAGAGUGCGCUGCUCUGUGGACGGUCGGCUCUGGGGGGAAUGGACCAAGCCUAGAUCCUUCAAAACCUAUCCGUUGGUGACCUUGGAUGUAUGGAGGAGAAUGAAGCAGCUGUCCGACCCAAACAGUCGUGAAGUUACUCUUCUGUGGACUCAUGAUGUUCCUGACUCAGCAGCCACGAUCAAAGGUUUCAUGGUUCAGUGGUCGCAGGGAAGUCUAAACUGGACUGAGUGGAAGGACAGUGGACAAACCCAGGCGCAGGUCUCCAUUAAUCUGGGACAGUAUGAGUUCACGGUCCGGGCUCUUCUCCACAGCGGCUCCGCCAUCCCAGCUCACAUCAUCAUCCCCCAGAGGGACAUCGAUGAAAUCCUCCUGGUAAAGAGGCGUUUGAGCAGCAGCCUUGCUGGUUUUAAUCUGACCUGGGAUGAGCUUGAUACAGUCACCUGUGGCUACACUGUGGAGUGGUGCAUUCUGGGAAACGCUGUGCCUUGUAAUGUGCAAUGGCUGAAUGUCAAACAAGGAAACAAAACAUUGUUCCUACCUGCCAGCAAUUUCAAAGCAGGUUGUAAGUAUACAUUUAAUAUCUAUGCAUGCACAGAAAAUGGACACAGACUACUGGAAGUACAGAAGGGAUACUCACAAGAGCUUAAAUCUGUACAGUCCCCGAUUCUGGUUGAACCUGUUCAGAGUACUUCCUCAUCUGUGACUCUGGAAUGGAGUUACAAUGAGGACGAUCCGGCUCACACGGCAUUCAUCACUGGUUACCUGGUAACAGGACAAGAAGCAGGGACUGAUACACCGCCGGGUCAUGUUCAAAAUUUGUUCAACGUGUCUGUGGCAGACCCUCGGAGGAAGUCUGUGACCAUAGAGGGUCUUCAGCAAGACCACAAAUACCUUUUCUCUGUGAGCGCUCUCACUAAGGGGGGGCCUGGACUAUCCACCAGUAUUACCAUCAGGACCAACACCAACUACUCUGCUCACCUGGCCAAGAUACUGACUCCCAUGUUGUUACUGUUGGGCUGCAUCAUUGCACUGUGGCCUCAAAGAAAAAUUCUGAAGAGCGGGCUGAGAGAGAUGUUUGCUUACCCGGCUGGUAUGAACAUAAAAACUCCUGAGUUAGACAGUUUCCUGCACGAGACUGGGGAGAGGCUGCAGGCUCUGAAGGUGGAGGAGUGCAGCACCUGUGACAUAGAGAUCCUGAACACCAGACCUCUUCUGAAGGAAACAUCUGCACUGAGAGACCCUGCUCCCCUGAGCACACCGCCCUCUCCUGCUCCCCUGAACGCACCGCCCUCUCCUGCUCCCCUGAACGCACCGCCCUCUCCUGCUCCCCUGAACGCACCGCCCUCUCCUGCUCCCCUGAACACACCGCCUUCUCCUGCUCCCCUGAACACACCACCCUCUCCUGCUCCCCAGUCCUUUGCUCCAAUCACACCCCUCUCCAGUGUCCUGCUUGAAACAGGCUACUGUCUACAGUCAGUCACAGUGCUCAGAGACAGACCAGACGUCGAACAGAUGACAUGCAUCAACAACAACAACACUUUUUAUCACACCGUGGAGGAGGAUUCAUCUGAGGCACAACAACUCAUGUUCUCUGAAAUCAAAUCAAGCUUUGAGCCUUCUGACAGUGUGCAUGAUUCGUGUAGUGUUAUCUAUGGUUAUAUUUCCAAUAACACUUUAUAAGUAUGAAGUCAAAGAUCAGGCCCAAAAUGUCUGUCAUAUAUUUUUCGAGGGUGUACAUACUAUAACACGUUUAUGUAAAUAUGAGGCUUUCUAAUGACAAUAUUAAUGCAUACGUGCUUGUAAAGAUGUAUCUUGUCUUAUAUAGAGCAGGAAACUCAGGAGGUUAUAUUUCAACAACUUGUGUUUUCCGCCUAAACUAAAUUUAGAAGUCAAAGUAGGCCUAAUGCAGCAGCUAGAGAUGUAAUCUACGGGAUGCAAUGGCGGCACUGAUAAGGCAGCCAAACAUGUGCAUCUUUCUUUAAUUUGUAUGGUAAUAUCAAAAUAUAUUUUUGAAUAUCCAACACUGCAAGAGCAAUGUUUUUUCCUCUGCAAUUUUAAAAACAGGUUUAGAUCAUCAACUAUGAAUGACCUUUUAAAUAUAUGUUAUGUAUGAUCGCCAGAGCUGAUAUAAAUGUCAAAGUUGUGGCUAAUAUUUAGGUUUAGGUAUAAAUACUAUAAGGUGUAUUAGAGUAAAUGAAAUCCCAAAUGAUGCACCAUAAUUAUAAUUGGCUCAUGCCGCUCCCAUCCACCUGUGCAGCUACAUCUUAAUUAUUUGCCAAUCUGUCCUAAUGUUUUAAAAAGAAUGUAUGCAUUUGAUAUGAUAUGGUCAGUUUAGUUUUAUUUGUUAGUUACGGUAUCUCUGCUUUGACUUUCACCAAAUCACAUUCCCAUUCAAUGACUUCAUUUAGCUCCGCUCUGUAGUUUCUUUUUUAAGUACCAGGACUGGUUCUGAACACCAGCGCCAGUCCUCUGCUCGGAGGCAGGCAGGUACUCAACCAGCUGAAACACAAAGCACGUUAAACUCGGUGGCUGCUGUAUGA